AAACCGGAAGAAAUUGAUUCACGUAUUGGAUAAUGGAAGUUUUAUUUUCGUUUUAUAUUAGUAUUAUGUAAUUCUGAUUGGCUGUUAUUCAUUUCGAUUUUUUUUCAUUGUUUUAGUCAUAUUUAUUAAAUCGAAGAAGAAAUUUUGUUGGAAAAGAAGAUUUAAAAAACUAUAUAUCCGGAUGUAACUGGUCGGUUGCCAAGUUAAACUCAAAGUCUAAAGUUCACAAAACAGGUGUGACGGAAGUACGUGAUUGAAAAAGGGAUACAACAAACGCGGAUGAGAUGAGGAGCGAAAUAGAGGAGGCAGGAUCUGAAUGUGGCCAGCCAAAGCAUGAAAUAGGUUCUUUAAAUAAAAGAAAAGACCGAAGAUCCUCCGAUAGACGUCAGAAAAGGAAGUCAUCCAAAGAACAACAACCACCACCACAAAGAAACGAAAUAUAUGCAAAUGAGCUGCAAGAAGGUGAUAGCAUCGUUUUAAAAGUUGGAGGUGAUACUAUAAAUGUCAAGAAGGAAGUUCUUAUUGCUUCAAGCCAAUAUUUUAAAGCAAAAUUUUCCGGUUAUUUUUCUGACUCGGAUGCGAAAGAGCUGGAUCUUACAAAGGAUGUCGACGCAAUUGAAGACUUGAAAAUAUUGUUAGAUUUUCAAGAGAAUAAGGAAGUACAUGUUACUGUGGACAAUGUGUGUAAGAUUUUGGGGAUAAGUUCAUUCUUUUUAGCUGAUAGCUUAACAGACUAUUGUGCAGAGUUCAUGACGAAAACAACAUGUCUAGCAACCUGUGUACAAUAUUACAUUUUCGCUAUAAACUUUGCUUUACCAGAACGGUUUACCAGGAAAUUUGAAUCUUUCGUCCUAGCCAGGUUUCACGAUUUGAUCAUUUUUGAAGAUUUUGUUGCCGAGGAAAUAAAUGACGAAGAUCUCAAGACGCUGUGUACUUCCAAAAUUUUGAAAUAUUGUUCCAAAGAGAGCUUGUUCAAUUUCUUGUUAAAAUGGUUAUCAAAGAGUCCAGUGUUAACAGCCACUCAAUAUACAUUAGUUUCAGGUGCUAUUCAGUUUUUUGAACAAUGUAAAUCCACACGAUCUAUUCCGUUCCAAUGUGACAAGAAGAAAACGAUGGCAAAUAUAAAUAGAAUGACGGAUACAAUCCGGAAGUUGUGUGAUCCGGAACUGUUGCAAAGUUUUCAAGAACUUUUCACCAACUUCCUGCGAAACAAAGAGCCAGUCUUUUUGCAAAUGGGCAUACAUUCGUGCGAUACAUGCGUGGGAAUAUUUACAGUUUCUAAGAGAGUUUCUGUACAUCGUUAUUUGACUGAAGACAGAACAGGUUCCAAUUGUUCCUUUUAUAUGCCGAGCAUAAAUUCCUGCACAGGGUCUUCAGGGUCAUACGAACUGUUUGACAUAUGUGUUUACCAGCCGGAUGCAAAGGUAUGGUUCCACAUUGGUACUUUCGAAGAAGGUCAGUACUUAAGCCAAGUAGACGGCCGCCCUUAUACUCCUAACAUAGAAAUGCGCAAAGUUAAAAAAUUUCCAGUAAAUAUUUUCUGUGACAUUGAGGUUACCGGAAAUGAAGUAUUGUUCUGUGACAUCAGUAAAAGAUCUAAACUCGUGAGGUUCGAUUUGAAAAAUAAAGUUUGGACAUCUUUCAAUAUUGACAAUAUCGUGACAAACUACAAAACCCACCAAAUUGUAUGCGGUAAAAAUGGUGUCACUUAUCUGGUUACAAGAAAUUAUAAUUUUGACCAACAUGGCAUAGAAUUUCGCGGCUAUACAUUUGACUUCAAAAUUCCUCAGUUACAUCAAAUAUUUUCGAUUAAAGAUUUGCCAAUGAACGGAUUCACCCUCCAUAGCCAGGUCGCUGAAAUGAAAGCCAAACUCAGCUCUGUAUCAAAUGAAUUACUUAUCCUUUCUUCACAAGGACAUGGCAACGACUAUACCAUAAUUGUUGACUUAAACCCACUUGAUAAUGGUGGUAAACCGAAAUUUCAGAAUCUGUUGUAUAACGGAAAGCUCGAUUUGCUGCACGAUGACAUACUUGAAAUAGAAGAUAGAUUUCUGGUUGUGUCGUCUGCAAAUAAUGUGUUGACUACAAAAUUUCAAUACAAGUUUCGUUCAAAGGUCCUGGAAAAUGUUGAAAAUAGGUGGCACUAUGACUUACCUCCGUUAAGCGAGUUGCACAGUGAGAAGUGGCACCGUUUCUUAUUUAAGGACUCCUGUUGGCUGAUGGAAGCAGAAUAUGGGUAUACAAGCAGAAUGAGAAAAGUUAGAAUCGAUAAAUCGGGAGCAACAGACAUUGAAGAACACAUCCCGCCACCAUUUGUCGAACCAGUCUCAGUCUAUGCAACUGAAGUGAGAAAAAGUUUUUUCUGCGACCUUGAACCAGUCAGUCAUUUCUUAGAGCACCCGCAAAGGACAGGUGGAGUAUAGGUGAACAAACAAGGCUUUUGAUAUGCAUUGACUUAAGACACUUAUUAGUGAAAGAACUAAAAUGUGUGCAUUCAACAAAUUAGAUACAAUUAUUAUUGGUUUAUUUCAAUAAAUAUGUUACUCCAGAUAAAUGUCCUUCACGAAACCAUUUUUAUGACUUUUCUAAUUUUAUGUAAUGUAAAUUAGUAUGCAUUUUACAAUAAGACAUGAAUUACGCUUACUAUGAUAACAUGUGCAUUGGCGGCAUUUUUUCCUUUGGUUUAAACAAAUUUAUUUAAGCUCGAUUGCGAAACAAGUUCUUGCAACUUAUAUUUAUCACUUUCGAGUCCGCUACCUGGAACCAACCAGUACUGGUGUCAUAUGAAGAAACAUGGUCGUGACUGAGUAGGGCUCGAGCCCAUGAUCUCUGGGUUGAGAGGCAGACACCUUAACCAUUAGGCCACCGCUUUUCACUUUUUCCUUUAAUAUGUAGAAAUAUGGACCAGAGAUAUAAAUAUUUAACUAUAUAAUAUAUUUGUGUACACAUUAUUACUUUAGAUAUUUUAUUUAUUAUAUUGUAAUUAAUUAAUUAUAUGAAGACCCAGGUUGGUAUUGCAUUUGGACACCCUGGGGUCAAGGAACAGUUACUAAAAAUAGAAAAAUUGUUUCAAGAUAGUUGAAUAAGAUAUUG